UUUGGUUUGAGUUAGAGUUUUGCGUUCUGGCGUUAGCGUUAGCGUUUGCUUGGCGCAGCUUUUGAAACUUUCAAACUGACAGUUGGCGUAUGGACGACGCGUUGACCGCAAGUGUGGGAAAAUGUGGAUCAGGAACAAAAGAAGAAGCAAUACCCCAGUCGGUUGUUUGCUCUUACCGCAGCUGCCGCUUCUGCUGCUGCUGCAGCUGCUUGUGAACUGCUUUGGAGAUGCGCUCAAAUCCGGAGGAGGCAUCGAGCUGCCAACUGUUAGCCCACUGUUGAGUGUGGCCAAGAGUACUGCUGGCAGCGAUAUCAGUUCGGAUUUUGAACAGCUCAUCGAGGCGAGGCUUAACAAAUCUGCCAGUGGAACAAGGCAGACAGAAGUGUUGCUCUCCAGGAAACGGCGUUAUUUGGUAUUUCCCGAGGGCAGCUCUUUUCAAAUGGUUUUCGAUGAGAUUAUCUGCGUGGUGGACUACACCAACUAUCUGGUGCUGGGUGUUACGGUUGCCCUGGCUUGGGAAUUGCCCAGCAAACCGCCUAGUGAAGCGGUUAAGGAUUUGUUAACUAAGCUUGACGAAGGCACACUAGACAUCAGCCGCAACGACACUGUGUCCAACAUAACCUACGUCGAUGAUGCACCUAAACCAGAUUUACAAGCCAGUAAUACCAAUAACUACAAGCCCAACUAUAUAAACUUGUCAAACAAAGGAAUUGGCAGACCCUCUUAUAAUUCAUACUACAGCAGCUCACCUGUUUUUCGAACUCCUAUGCACCCAUCUCAUCAAUAUAGCGAUAGCUUCUACAGACAACCAAAUAUACCAGCCAGACGAAAGGAUAAUUAUUACUACUCCUACAAUAGCAGCCCGACGAGAUACCCAUUCGAUAACUGGUCACAACCCUACAGUCCGGCUCAGAACACACGCUUUCCCUAUUGGGCUCUGGCUUCGCAUUUGAAGGACACCCUACGCCAUCAGAAUAGCUUAUAUAAUAAAGAUGCGAGUCACCAGAAUAAUGUCUCCUAUGGUCAGCCGAAACCUCAACGUAAACAGAAGCGUCCACGCGUAUCAGGUCAAGCGAAGCAUCACAAGAUUUAUCCCGUCUUUGGCAAACGCAGCAUUCCGGAUGCUGAGAAUCCACAUCAUCGUCAUCGCAGAAGUGGCACAAGUAGCGCACACGAUACUAAUUUAAGCAGAUUAGAGAGCCAUCAAAUCAAAUAUCAUCGCGAGAGUCGGCAAACAUUAUUCGAAAGAAUCGAAAAGUAUCUUAACAAACGUGGUCAAAAUGGCCAUCAGUGUGUGCUGCGCACUUUGUGUGAAACCGCCCAAAAGUCCAUUGAAAAACAACCCGGCAACUUUAUUGGCGAACUACUUCGGACAGUGUUUACCAUACCAGAAGCGUUGGAUCAAGAACCGGGGACCCAUUACGAUAAAGCUCAUUCUCAAGAUGGAGACUGUGCUGCACUUUAUCCGGAAUGCAAACAGUCCAUAUGGGAUGCACCAUUUAUGUAAUAAAACCCUGUCUUAACGUUGUCACAAUUAUGUUUUAUUCUG